AUGAGCGCCGCCAAACCUUCGAGCAUGCCAUCAUUUGGUGAUCGGCAUCUGGCACCGACCAUGUCGCCGCACGAUCCCAGCCUGCGCUCGCUCAUGGGCUCCCUAUUUGAGCCCAACUUUCUCAUCCUCGUAACGUACCUCGCCAUCAAUCUCUACCUCGCCUUUCGCGUCAUCCGACUCGCAACACGCAGGCACGGCGAGCUCAGGACCACCCCGCCCGAGUCAGGCGAGCUGGGUCUCCUCAACGAGCACGGAGACAUGUCGUUCGAGAGAUGCAUGCAAGCGCACGACACCCUCUUCCAUCCCGAGCAACACCGCAGACACAGACGCUCCGAUACCCCCGCCGCCGACAUGCUCAUUCGUAUUGCCACCUGGGCCUUCAAGUCGGACGCUGCCCGGGCCAAGCUGCUAUUUUGCUUGCUCGCCCUGCUCAGCCUCGGCUCGACGUGGUACUACAUGAUCGCCUUCCUGCGCCACUCGUACGCAUCCUACCUCGAGCGUUGUCACCUCACCGGAUAUCUGCUGCCGCCGGAACCACCCGCAUUCCGGCUCGACGCGCCUCACCUGCUUGCACCCGCCGUGCACCUGCGCCUGCUGCGCAUCUCGCAAUGGCUGGGAUCGCUGAGCCUGUUCAAGGAGGCGUGGAUGGAGGUUAUCCGCGACGCACCCGCAUGGUGGUGGAGCAGCGAGAUCUGCAUCGUCACCGUCGGUGCAUGGGCGCUCUUCCUGCGCCACGAGUCCAAGCGUCUGCGCAUGCCGCACGUCUGGAUCGUCAUGGCGCUCGGACAGCUCGUCGCCAUCAGCUUUGCGCUCAACCUCUUCCAGCUCGCCGUCGUGUACCGCCUCGAUACACGCGACCUGCUCGCCGCACGCGCAGACAAGGUGCAUAAGCCCAAGCACCGCGUCAUCGAACCGCUCGACCAAUCACCAUCCCCAUCACCCGAGCCUUCGCCCGAAGAUGAUCCAGACGCGGGCCCAUUUCGCGUCAUGAUGGUGGCACCAGAACGCCAAAGAUCAUACUUUGCCUCGCGCGAGGGUCUGCCUCCCACUCCGCGCGACUCGCCCGACCCAGACAUGCGCGUCAUCUCCACCAACGUGACCGUGCAGAGGAAGCCGCUUCCGCCUGUACCCACGCUCAUGGACAAGGUCGGCCGCAUCCUGCAACGAUGCAUUCAUGAACGCAUCGGGCUGCCCGUCUUUGUUCUCGCUGGCCUGUCUUCGGUGCUGCAGCAUCCAGACAGCUUCACCAAGGUGAUGAUCAUGCAUCUCUUCCCACUCUUGAUCUCGCUGUACCCCGCCUACGAUCAGUUCGGCGUCGCCGAGCAUGGCCCUCGCAGCCGUCCUCGAUCGCGCUUCGGCAGCAACGUGGGGCACUCUCCUUCGCCGCCGCCCACCAUGCUGCUCACCAAAAAGCAGGCGCUGCGAAAGCUCUUGGCCCGGAGCAACCCUGACGUGCGGGCGCUGCAGGACCCAAAGACUUUCUAUCUCGGACUGGGUCUGGCCAGCGUCGUGCUGCGAGCAUGGCUCACAUCGUCGUGCUUCUCUCGGACCAAGGACGACGGCUGGACGCUGCAGCGCGCAUGGCGUACGCUCAAGCUGCUCUUCCCGACCACGUUCCUGCGCCACCCAGCGCAGGGCUCCAUCAGCUCGGACCACGUCUGCGUCGCGCUGAGCGUCGCCGCCUUUGUGCUCGUCGAGAGCGGCGUGUGGCUGUGGAAAGCAGCUCGUGCGAGCCCCAGCGCGGCUUGGGGCGAGCCGUGGGACUUUGAGCCCGAGAUCGACGAUGAUGCCAUGGACACGCCCAACCCCGAGACGCUGCGACUAGACGAGGCCGAUCGAAGCUGGAUCGAGACGCAGGCGCGUGUGGUCGUGGGGCUGCUCAUGCUCUCACCGCUGCUGGGCGGCAGUGCGACGCUUUCGCUCUACCUUGCACUGAGGUGCGACUGGGUGGAGCAAGACCGACGCAAGCGCGAUCGGGACGACCAAGACAUGCUGCGAGGCUCGCCCGACCGCGACCGCGACGGACUCGAGCUGUACGAGGAGACCGAAGAGGUGCGACUCGUCGAAAACACCGAAGGCGAGCGGUACGUCGAAAUGCGCAAGAUCAAAAUCAAGGUGGCGCGUCCGGGACACGCCGCUGCGGCCGCCCGCGAAGAAAAUGAAGGUGCGGCGGCGGGAGGGGCAGCGGCGGGAGCAAACACUCCGCCGCCCGAUGACGGUGAUUGGGGAGCCGGAGCCGACAUGACGCCGCCGCCCGAACAACCCGCGAGACGCACGCCGCCGGUGCGGCACCGGCAUCCACCCCAGCGCUACGGCGACGAUUGA